GCGACAGGCUCAAUGUGUCACAUGACUGUCAGCUGACCCAAGUGUUGCGGAAGUAAAAGUGCGGUCGUCGUAAACGUUCGAGAUUUUGAACAGUUUUAGAGUCUCUCAGACCAGAUGUCUUCCUUGUCCCAAACCACUUCCGUUCUCUUAAAUAUGGGGGUUCAGAUGCCCCUCUUGGGUUUGGGGACCUACAAGUUAUGUGGUGCUGAGGAGGUGUACAGCGCUGUGGAAGCCGCCCUGGCUGCUGGUUACUGGGCUUUUGAUUCAGCAGCCGUCUACCAGAAUGAAGCUGACGUGGGCCGAGCCCUGAGGGAGCUGCUGCCGAAAUACGGCUUGACAAGGGAAGACGUAUUCAUAACAAGUAAGCUGGGCCCGAAGGAUCAGGUUGCGCGCCAUGGAGGAGCCCUUCACAGCUUGACUCAGCUGGAUUUGGGUUACAUCGACCUCUACCUGAUUCACUGGCCUGGCACUCAGGGGCUGCCUGUGGAUGACAAACGCAACCCAGGGAACCGAGCUCAGAGUUGGGCUGCGCUGGAGGAACUGCACGCCCAGGGGAAGCUGAAGGCCAUCGGAGUGUCCAACUACACCCCGACACACAUGAGUGAACUGAUGCAGAGCUGUAAGGUCCCUCCUGCACUGCUGCAGGUGGAGUUCCACCCUCAGCUGUGCCAGGCAGAGUUGAGGAGUGUGUGUGAGAAGUACGGAGUGUGUUUCCAAGCCUACUCCUCUUUAGGGAAAGGAGCUCUAAUUGCUGACCCUGUGGUCAUGGAGAUGGCAAGGGAAUAUAAACGCACACCUGCACAGAUUCUGUUGCGGUGGGCAGUGCAGCAGGGCGUCCCAGUCCUUCCAAAGUCAUCGCAACCAGAUCGAAUAAAUGACAAUGCCAAGAUUUUCGACUUCAUGCUGAGUGAUAGAGACAUGGGCAGAUUGUCAGUUUUGGACUGUGGGCGCAGGUACUGCUGGGAUCCCUCAGAGGUUGCCUGAUCUGACGCACGGUGAGAGGGACAUGCUGUCUUCCACAUUGCCUUUGUCAUGCUGUUAGAAUGAAAAAGUGGGAAAUAGUUUGAAUAUGGAUCAAAAUCCUUGAGGAAUAUGCCACAAAAUAUUUAGUUUGGAAGGAGCAAGGUUUACCUAAUAAAAAUGGCCGGUGUGUGCAUAUUUGUAAACUGACAGACUUAUUACAGUUAAAGCCGACAAUCUGCAUGACAAGCUUUGAAUACUUGUGCACUGUGAUGUAUGGUAUGUACGUGUAUAUUACUACGAUGAUUUACCGAGAUAAAUAACUGCAAUUCUUAAGUUAUUUUAAAAAUAGAAGCUACGAUUAUGCUUAAUAUGUCCUUAAAGGUGUAUUCCUUUUCGGUUUUUCACAAAAUUGACAUUUACUUUGUGUUGAAAUGUAGUUGUUAGAAGUACCUUUAUUUCUAUGAUAUAUUGCCAUAUUACAACUAAUUUGAGAGGAUUCAAAGGCACUUAAGUGGUAAAAAUUAAAAGGGAAGACAGCUUUUAAAGAAGUAUUACUUGAGAUUUGUUCAUCAUUCUUGAAGUUACAACAGUGUUUUUAAUUUAAUAAAACAAACAAAAAAUAGUCUGUUAUCCCAGACCUCUGUUGGGCUUUGUCUCAUAUAAAUCAUCCAUAUGAAAUAUUUUCCACAAAAACUCCACUUUACGGCACUUAAUGCUAGGUAAGGUGGUUUAUGUGAUUUAGUUCAGUUCAGAUUGUAUAUCUAUCAGUUGCCAUAAAUAACACAUUCCUGGCAGACAUUUAAAAAGAUAUAUAAAUAAAUACAAGUCAUUCCCUUUAAAACACUCUUAAAAUUAUUUAUUUAGCACAGCAUAUACCAGAGGUUUC